AUGUACGCUAGCAACAUCGUCCUCUUCGCCAUUGGCGCCCUGACCGCCUCCGCAAGCCCUCUGCUUCAGCAGCGCUCGUCCUACACCGCUUGUCCCUCCGGCAUGUACGAGAACCUGCAGUGCUGCAAGACCAACGUCGUUGGAAUUGCCGCCUUCCAAUGCAAGGCUCCUUCCAAGGAGCCCGCCAGCCUGGACGAGUUCAAGAGCCUCUGCGGUGCCCCUGCAGUUUCAGCUCUGUGCUGCACGCUUCCUCUUGCCGGUCAGGAUGUUGUGUGUAUGGACCCUCUCCCUGAUAUGUCUGCCAUGUCGUCCAUGGGAGGAUCAGGCUCAUCCGGCUCAUCCGGUAUGCCCUCCAUGGGAUCUGGUUCCACUGGCUCCACUGGUCUGCCCUCCACCCGCUAG